GUGAGGCAAACAGCUUCUUGAUAGGUAAAGUGGGGAAAAUAUUAGUACCUCGUCCCUAGGGGUGAUGUAAACUCGAAGUUAGAUACUCAUAAGGGAUUUGCUUCAGUGCUUGGUGUGUAGGAGCUUCACUCAAGUGUUAAGAUAACCCAACCCACCUGGAGGGGUUGGGAGGCUGGGGUGUGGAGAACGAGGAGCUAACCUGAUUGCAAAGGGCACUGGGAUGACCUCAGUAUUGUUGUGGGCAUCCCUGAGCAAAAACCUCAGUGUCCAGUCAAAGGCAGUGUGACUGGCAGGCUCGCCUAGUGUAGGCAUAGGCUAAGCUGGUUCCUGGCCAGCUCAAGGUGUUUUCCUUUGCUUGGAAACCAGCAGCAAGGCAUGGAGGAGAGCAACUCAACCAAAAAGUGGUGGAGAGGAGCCCCACUCUUGGACUGCUCUGGUUCCUCCAAAUGCUAGCGACCAGCUCCCCCGGGCUAAAGGAGACAAGUGAGUGGGGAGCUACCUGGGAAGAGCACAAUAGGAAUGGGGGCUUGAAAAGCCCUUGGGUCCUUCUUGCCUGCUGGGAACCUGGGGUUUGAGGUGGGAGCUGAACGCCUUUAGGAAGAGUUCCCCAAAGCCAUGGGCAGGCUGUCAGGGGCUCCUGCUGUGACCCAGAAUCCCAGGGACCGUGGCAGAAAUAAGAACAAAAUGCAUCCACACACCCGCCACUCCAGGUUUGGAUCAGGACGAGGCGCCAGUAGCAAUGCUCGCCGCCUGAACUUCUGACCAUGUACGCAUACUACUGCCUGGCGCCCGGGGAGGACGCCUGGCCCCUGCUGCAACCCCUCACCUACACCUACCUGCCCACCCCUCUGCUGCUGCCCCCGAUCCAGGCCCACAACUUCUGCAGCCUACCCCUGAAACUGAGUGCGGGCGAGUGGGCGGCUCCACGGGAAUACCACUGCUUCCACGCCCCGGGUGCGCCACUGGAGGUCGCGCAGCCCUUGUGGGGCUUCCCGCAGGCCUACAGCGCGGCCCUGCACCCACCGUUCCCCGCGCCCAGCUACCCGGGGCUGUCACUGCAGGCGCCCGCGGCGGCGAGACCGGCGGCGACCGAGAGCUGGGCGCCGUGGCCGGAAGGUGGCAGCCUGCAGGCUGAGCUGCGCUGGGGCCGCGUGGAGCGCGCGCUGGGGCCGCGCCUGGAGCUGCCGGCCUUCGUGCUGCGGGAGCUGCGGCGCGUGUACGGCACGUACCCGCGCACAGACGUGCGCGUCACCUACCGCGGCGGCGAGUUCCUGUUACAGGGCGCGCCGCGUGUGCUCGAGCCCGAGUACCGCGCAGAGAGGCGCGUGCUGCGCCCGCCCGCCAGCCGCGGGAGCGGUGACAGCAGCCCCACCCGGGAAGCGGCGGAGCGCGGCCGCCGGAGGAAGAGGAAAGGCCUGAGUUGA